AUGCGUCGAACCUGGGCGAGCACGCCGUUCAAGUUGUGGAGCGCCCACAGCAGGGAAUGGAUUCGCGUCGACGACUCCUGGUCGCUCGAGGAGAUCAUGCGCGGCGCUGACGGCACCGACAAGUGGGAGGCCACACCCUUUUCGGGCUGGGCCUAUAACAGCAGCAAUGGCCAGGACACCAUCCAGUACAACAUGCUGUUCGGAUUUAAGAGCAACCACUAUCACCCGACCGGCACUCUCAACUACAACGUGGUGUGGUGCGUGCCGCGCAACAUCACCGGCGACACACAUACCUGGGCCAAGAACCCACUCCUGUGCAACGGCCACCCUCAAGAUGCCGCCAACAACUACCGCUUCAAGUUUGUCAAGCCUGCGGGCUUUGCCGGCGGCGACAUCAUCGAGGACGGCUACCCGGUGCACCUCUACGACACCAAGUUGGACAAGUAUUGCUCCAAUUGGAUCUGGCCCAGCAACCAGGCUGCCCUGCUGUGCGACGCCGCCGCCCCGACCUCCUCUGGCCAGCGGUUCAACUUGCACUGGGCCUAA